GACUGAGGAAAGUGAAGCAAUUGUGGGUUUGAGUGGCAAUACAGCUAUAGUACAGCAACAGUGCAUUGAAUGGUAUCGACAUUCACUGCUAUAUCGAUAUAUUGAGACACAAGUGAUGGCAUCUGAAGCACAAACACGUGUUCAACAGUCCUUCCAUCAGUUGAUGAAUGACCUGGACAAGUCAUGUAUGCGCAACAUACAGGGUGAAAUGCAUAAGUGCGCGGCCAAGUGCUGCGACCGCACCGACCUGUCCAUGGAGGGCAACCACGAGUGUAUAUCCCGGUGCUCACAACCUCUGCAGUCAGCCCAGGCAUACGUGGAGCGCGAAGUGAAUGCCUUUCAGGAUCGGAUCGAGAGGUGUGUCCUUAGCUGUCAGGACAGCAUUAAGGAUAAGAUCGGCGCCAAUACCACCGAUGACCAGAUGAAGGGAUUCACCGCUAAGUUCGAGUCUUGUGUCGUGAAGUGUGUGGACACACACAUAGGGCUUAUGCCUAAUAUGUUGUCCAAAAUGAGACAAUCCAUUCAAAAGGGUUCAUACAAUUAGAUCACGUCUUCAUAUUAGACUAAUUUUCAAAUUAUAGGCA